GGGAAGUAACUCCAUUAUCCUGUUUAUCGUUCAGCUCAGACAUGCUGUUUCCUAUUAACUGACAAAGGAAAAGAGAAUAGUUUAGGAAGAUAUAAAGAUAUAUUAAAGUGUUGCGAAGUUCAUCUGAGGUCACGAGGAGGAAAAAAUGUCGCGCGGUUCAAACGCAGGUUUCGACCGACACAUCACCAUAUUUUCACCGGAGGGCCGCCUCUACCAAGUCGAGUAUGCCUUCAAAGCCAUCUCCCAGAGCGGGCUGACGUCUGUGGGGAUCCGGGGGUCAGACAGCGUUGUGGUGGUCACACAAAAGAAAAUACCUGACAAGCUGCUGGACUCUACUACUGUGACCAACAUGUUCAAAUUGACCCCUCGCAUUGGCUGUGUGAUGACUGGGCACGGCGCGGAUAGUCGCUCCCAAGUUCACCGGGCGCGAGUGGAAGCAGGAGAAUGGAAGUAUAAGUUUGGCUAUGACAUCACAGCGGACGUGUUGUGUCGCAGGUUGGCGGAUAUCUCCCAGGUCUACACACAAAACGCUGAAAUGAGGCCUCUAGGCUGCUGUAUGAUCAUGGCGGCCAUAGACCCCCAGCAGGGUCCUGUCCUGUUUAAAUGUGACCCCGCAGGUUACUACUGCGGCUUCAGAGCCACAGCGGUCGGUGCCAAACAGACAGAGGCCAACAGCUACCUGGAGAAGAAACUGAAGAAGAAGCCUGAUCUGACCCACGACAGGACAGUACAGAUGGCUAUCACAUGUCUGUCCUCUGUGCUGUCCUUGGAUUUCAAGGCCACUGAGCUGGAGAUUGGCGUGGUCACUAAGGAAAAACCUAAGUUCAGGCUGCUGACGGAGGAGGAGAUCGAAGCCCACCUGGUUGCCAUAGCAGAACGGGAGUAAAGGUGCCCUCACAAACUUCCGACUACUUCAUUCUCAGUGCGCUUGAUUUAACCCAAGUCAACAGUCUGAAGGCAAAAGUACACACCUGUGUGUCCAGGAUGAUAAAACAUACACCUGAGGAAGAAGCUCUGUUAUAAAGAACUGAUGUAGGUUGGAUUAGGCUUUAUUUUUUAAAUUUCAGUAUACACAAGUAAAGCAAUGAUUAAAUUCUGGCACAUUAAACCAUAUUUAGCAACACGUUCCACCUCUCUAACAUCAUAUUUCCAUGUGUGAGAUACAGAAGUUUAUGGAUUCUACUAAUUUUGUAUGACUGUUUACAGAAUGUUUUCCAUACAACUUAUUUGUUUGUAACAGCAGCCUCAUUGUCAUUUCCACACUUUUGUAAAGUUGCAAGAAACAUCCAUCAAAGUCAUUGUCAGCCCCUCUAACACAACUGUUAUAAUAAAAUAGAAUAGAAAAGA